CUGCAACACUGGGUCUGCUCCACACUCAUAUCAUUGACAUCCAUGCAGAUGAUUAUAGAAAGGAUCCUAGAACUGGCAGAAUGGCACUACAAGACAGACCAUUGAAAGGAGGUAAAAACGAGUUACCAGACACACUGAAAGUUGCAGAAGGAGCUCGUGUCAUGCUCACCAGAAACAUUGACAUACAAAAUGGUUUGGUUAAUGGAGCUUUUGGAAAACUACUUAGAGUAGUUUACUCUGAAAAUGACCAACACAUCAUCAAGCUUGGACUUAAAAUGGAUAAUGAGACAUCUGGAAAGAAUAACCGCACACCAGCAGACAACAUGGUGUACAUUGAGAGAGCAGAGGAGAAUCUAAAGCAGAAAGGAGUGGUACAAAGACAGUUCCCAGUAAAGUUGGCCUUUGCAUGUACAAUACAUAAGGUACAAGGUAUGACAACCACAUCAGCUGUUGUCUCUCUUAAGAGCAUUUUUGAGCCCGGCAUGGCCUACGUAGCUGUCAGUAGAGUGACGUCUCUCAGUGGACUGUAUCUUCUUGAUAUGGAGGAGAAAAAAAUAUUCACCAAUCCAGAAAUCACUGCAGCGCUUGAGAACAUGAGACAAGCCAACCUUGAUGACAUGAUGCCUCUUCUACAUGUGAGACAAACACUGAGCAGGUCAGAGGUUUUCACCAUUGUUCAUCAUAACACAGAGGGACUGCCAGCUCACAUUAAUGACAUCAAGAGUCACCAUGAAUUGUGUCUAGCAGAUGUUUUGUGCCUAACAGAAACACACCUGCGGGGCUCUUUUGUCGCAGAGAGUCUCCACUUGGAAAAUUACAAUUUGUUCAAACGCAACAGACACCUGUCCUACACAAACUUUCCCCAGAUGGCAAACAGAAGUGGUGGUGGAGUUGCUGUUUAUGUGAAAAGUGACAUUCAAGUGCAUGAAAAACAGUACAUCCAUAAUGUAACUGACCUUGAAUUUCUGGCUUUAAAGGUUGAAGCACCAGUCAGUGCUCUGAUUGCAGUUGUAUACAGACCUCCAGACUACACUCUGAGGCCAUUCCUGAAAAACCUGGUGUUUCCCUCUGUGAUCCAUCCCCUUCAGAGCUGAGACACUCAGGACUGAACAGACUGCACAGUUUCUGUGACUGAGCCUCCAAAACAUCUUCUUUGAAACCACACAUGAUAGACGGGCUUUAUAUUUGCAGCAGCACUACUAAAGUUGGCAGGAAUGUUGCUGCAGGAAAACAUCCCUGCAGAUCACCAUCAUUGUCAGACUGACUUUGCCUCCUCUGUGCAGUGUCAAGAUCCUCCCUAAAUGAGUAUUCCUCAGCUAUCCUGCUUCUGUGCUGCUUGCCACACAUCAAACAUUGGCCGGAUGACAGGGAGGAUCCACUCUAAUGUCACUGGACAUGAUGAGGAUCAUAUGGGACUUUAUGGUUUCACAAAGAUGUUGUGCUCUUUGAUUAUAGGUCUUGCAUAAUGACUUCCUCUCUGAUCAACAGGCUAAAGGAUCAUUUUCAUUGUUAGGGCUCUGUAAAAUGAAUGCUUAUUCAAUAUUUCAUUACAGAGCCAACCUUUAUUUAUUUACUUAUUUAUAUUUCGUUUUAAUUAUCAGGGAAAUGUUGAAUUAACUGUGGGGAUUUUUUUUUAAGUGGGCACUUGGGAUGUCAUAUGACCAGAAACGUCAGCGAUGUGGUAGCUUAAAUUCGACAGUAUGUAAAAAAUCUGCUAAGAACAAAACAAAAACAAACAAACAAAAUCCAAUACAAAACAAAGCCAAACAGAACUCUAAUUCAUUCCAUGUAAUCCAUUUUCAAACAUUUUAAACUGCUGAACAGCAACACUGUGUUAACAGUGUUUGUUAACAGAAUGAAUGAUUAUGACAAAUUUUUACCAAAGUUUCAGGUCACAUGGCACACCUAGUGUAUAGUGUGGGGUAUCAGCUGGUAAGUAAAGGUUUUUUCAUAUUUGUGUCCUUAGAGUUCAAAUUUAACCUGAGCCCAGGUUAAAGCACUGUGUAAAAAAUAUUUAGUGCCAUGGCUGAACAAUGUUGUAAACUAAUGGUACUUAUUUAGCAAUGUUCACAAAAGGACUAAUGUGUUUAUGUGAUUAUAGACGUGUUAAACUGUGUCACCACCUUAGGCUUUCAUUUGAGUUUAGUUAAAAAAUCUCAGUUUCUACAGUUCUCUUUUACCACUGUUUUAUUUGGACACUGUUUACAACAAAACAUAAAAAGAAUGAGUAAUAAAAACAUGUGCAGAUAGAUUAGUAAAUUAGGUAGAUUGAUAUAAACAGCUGUUCAGCCAUGUUCUAUGUAAACAAAGUUUAAAGGCUCAGGAUUGAGGUUUUUAAAGUAGAAUUUUCAUGCAUUUCAUAUGUUGCUUAUUUAAUUUAUUUUAUUUAUAUUUAUAAAGUGUUUGAAAAAAGAAUUGUAUUUGUUUAUAUGUUAAUUCAUAAUUGAGUCUCUGUCAGAAGCCAAUGUUCAACAAAAAUGAAGAUCAGAUUAUUAGCACCAAAAAACAUUGCAAACAUCUAAGCAGUUAUUUAUAUAAGAAAAAAAAAAAAAAAAAAAAAAAAAA